CAUCACUUGACGAACUUGUUCGACAUGGACUUCAUGCUUUACGUGAAACUUUGCAACAGGACAAAGAACUCAAUACGCUUAAUUGUUCAAUUGGAAUAGUUGGUUAUGACCACAAAUUCAAAAUCGUGGAAGGUGAUGAAUUACAACAAUAUCUAGAUUUGUUGGACAAUAUUGAGGACAAUGCUCAAGAACAAGGGCAAGCACCUAUGGAUACUGAAGAGUU